GUCCUGUCAUGUGGUACAGCCACUUCCUAUUGAUUCAGCUCGGUGCUGACACACUCCGCUGUAUCAUGUCGUCUUAAUUCGGGUCGUUUAGAGAAAAUUUCUUUUAUUUAUUUCCAUUCCGAGCAGCUAACGUGAUGUUUCGGUGUACGUAUAACCGCCGCGGGCCUAUAGAGCCGAGGCUGUGGAUAAUGGCGUGUAUGGGAUGUUUACUGGUCCGGACCGGAGCUCAAGAGGCGGGCACCAGCGGUGUUUGGUACCAGGAUCUCUGCAGUUAUAAAUGGGAAGCCAUCGACAGUGACAGAAAUGUCAGCUAUGAGUUCAAGCUCUGUGAGUCUUCACCGUCCACCAGCUGUGACUCCAGCACAGCCGUCUGCGCCCAGGACCUUACCACCAAAACUAAGCAGUCUGUUGGUGACCUGACCCUGAAGACCCGCUCAGACGCGGUCCUGGACUUCAACAGCUCCAUGAGAUGUCCAGAAAGAAGCAACAACGUUCAGACCAGCAUCAGUUUCCAGUGUGGGAAAACCAUGGGAACCCCAGAGUUCGUGGACGUGUCUGAGUGUGUGCACUACUUUGAGUGGAAGACCUACGUCGCCUGCAGGAGGGACAAAUUCAAACCACACAAAGAGGUUCCCUGCUACGCCUUCGACUCGGACGGUAAAAAACACGACCUGAGUCCUCUGAUCAAACUGAAGGACGGAUACCUGGUGGACGACGGCGACGACAGCGUGGACUUUUACAUCAACAUCUGCCGCAGUCUCGAUGAUCCAGACAAGUCGUGUCCAGUUGGUUCCGCAGCCUGUCUGGUCAACAGUCAUGGUUCCUACAGCAUGGGUUCUCCGACCUCACCGCUGGAGCUGGUGGGCAGCGACAGUCUGAGGUUACACUAUGAACUCAGUCCGGGUUCGUCUCGUCCGGAGAUCUGUCAGGAUCACGAUCCUGCCGUCACCAUCACCUUCACCUGUCCUUCCAGCCGACAUUCAGGCAGUAUUCCUAAGAUGACAGCAGAGGCUAACUGUCGUUACGAGGUGGUGUGGGUGACGGAGUACGCCUGUCACAGAGACUAUCUGGAGAGUGACAGCUGCAAACUGACCAGCCAGCAGCACGACAUCUCCAUCGACCUGACGCCGCUCACCCUCAGCUCCGCAGAUCCACCCUACUACGCCCACUCUGAGUCCGGCGACGGAGCUGAGGUCUAUGUCUACUACCUGAACGUGUGUGGAAAGAUCCUGAGUGGCGAGUGUGGUCAAGACCCUCUGGCGUCGUCCUGCCAGGUGAAGAAGGACAACGACAUGAAGAAGGUCGCAGGAAGAUACCAGAACCAGACUCUGCGAUAUUCAGACGGAGAUCUGACUCUGAUCUACCCAGACGGUGACAAGUGCUCCUCAGGCUUCCAGAGAAUGACCAUCAUCAACUUUGAGUGCAACAAGAAUGCAUCCAACAGUGGACGGGGGAACCCAGUUUUUGCCGGGGAAACCGACUGUACGUACUACUUCAACUGGGAGACGGCGUACGCCUGUGUCAAGGAGAAGGAGGACCUGCUGUGUCGGGUCACCGACGGCAACAAGCACUACGACCUCUCACCUUUAACCAGGUUCCCUGAGUCAGACGCCAGUGAGAACUGGGAAGUGGUCGACGCAAAUUCUCCGACCCCAGAUGCACGUUUCUACCUGAAUGUCUGUCAUAAGGUUAUCCAGAGUGGGGGCGCUGUUGGCUGCCCGGUGAACGCCUCUAUCUGUGCUGUGGAUAAGGAGAACAGGGCCAUCAGCCUGGGCAGCUUCCAGUCGUCUCCUCAGAAGACAACAUUAGGGGAUGACAUCAGACUGGUGUACAGCGAUGGGAGCUUCUGCGUCGAUAAGAAGACCAGGUUCCAAACCAUCCUGACCCUCAAGUGUAAACCAGGAGACCUGGAGAGCGCCCCCAUCCUUCGUACCGUUUCAUCUGACGGUUGCCUAUACGAGCUGGAGUGGUACACGCCCGCCGCCUGCGUCCUCUCCAAAACACAGGGAGACGACUGCAGGGUGGAGGAUGCUCAGGCCGGCUUUUCUUUUGACUUGUCUCCGCUCACCAAAGUCGGCGGCUUCUACAACCUCACCAGAGCCAACUAUGAUUACUACAUCAACGUCUGUGGUCCGGUCAAGGUGGCCAACUGUAACGAAAAGGCCGGAGCCUGCCAGGUGGAGAAAAGCUCUUGGAAUCUGGGUGAAGCCAACUCUCACCUGUCCUACUACGAUGGUCUGAUCCAGCUGAGCUACACCAACGGCACGGCCUACAACAACCUGGCCCACACUCAGAGAUCCACCCUCAUCUCCUUCCUCUGUGAUCCACAGGCCGGAGUCGGAGCGCCAGAAUUCCAGGACGAAGAUAAAUACACGUACAACUUUCGCUGGUACACGUCCUACGCCUGUCCGGAAAGACCGCACGAGUGUCUCGUGACCGAUCCCGUCACUCUGGAACAGUACGACUUGUCCAGUCUGACGCGCUCUGCCACCAGCAGUAACUGGCCGUCCAUGGACAUGUCCGACACAGAAAACCAGAGGAAGUACUACAUCAACGUGUGUCGACCCAUCAACCCGGUACCAGGCUGCGACCGCCACGCUUCGGUCUGCCAGAUGAAGUACAUCACUGAGCAGGGCGUCGUGAAGGAGACGGUGUCAGUCAGUAACAUGGGCGUUUCCAAGCGAGCGCCCGUCAUCGAGGCUCACAACCGUCUGCUGCUGGAGUUCACUGACGGCUCCAUCUGUACGUCAGAGGGUGUGAAGCUCACCUACACCACCCGCAUCCACCUGGUCUGCUCCAGAGGAACUGUGUCCUCAGGCCCACGCUUCCUCCUGUACCAGAACUGUUCUGCCAACUUCAUGUGGGAGACCAGCGCUGCCUGUGCCAUCACAACCACCAAGAACAACACCUGCACCAUCGUCGACCCAAAUACUGGUUUUGAGUUUAACCUUCAACCUUUGGCGUCAAAGACCCCGUACAGAGCGACUGCCAAUGGGAAAGACUUUCUGGUGAACAUCUGCUCAGACGUGGCAGAGUGUGGUCAGGGCAUGGCCGGCUGUGAGCAGGUGGACGGGGCUCCCUACAGCCCCGUGGGCACUGAGAAAACCCUGCAGUACUCCACUGACGGUCUCCUACAGCUGACCUACAAGGGUCCACUGGACGACCCCACAGCCACUCGGGACACGUUCACCAUCGACUUUGUGUGCAAUCCAUACUCUCACCGUGCUUCCUUGAAAGUGAUCCGGGAGGAACUGAGCUCAGUGACCAUUCACGUGGUCCACGAUGUCCUGUUUGAGUUCUACACUGCCCUGGCCUGCGUCCCCGCUCCUGUUGUCUGCCAGUUCAGUGACACUCAGGGGAACAGGUACGACCUCAGUCACCUGAUCCGGGACGAAAACGACAGUCCCUGGGUCGCCAUCGACACAGACUCUUCCAAGUCACGCAGCUUUUACCUCAACGUCUGCAAACCGCUGCCCCCUUCCAUCGACUGUCCAGCUGGUCCUUUGGGAGCAUGUGGUUUGAUCGACGGUCAGGUUCACAACCUUGGAUACAUCCAGUCCAUGCCGCAGGUGGCCGAGGGCGGAUCCAUCAGCAUCUCCUAUCUGAACGGAGACCAGUGCGGUCCCACCUCUCGCUACUCCACGCGCAUCAUCCUGCAGUGUGACAACAAUCCAGGCUCUCCCAUGUUUGAUCGCGUUGCUGGAUGUGAGUACAUCUUCAUCUGGAGAACGUCUGAGGCCUGUCCACUCAAGAACUCCCGAGGCGCUCACUGUCGAGUCCGUGACACGAAGAGUGGUUACGAGUUCAACCUGAGUUCUCUGAAGGGCAAAGAUUAUCAAGUCAAGAGUGGGAAGUACAUCUACCACCUGUCCGUGUGUGAUGAACAGAGAGAGGUCUGCACGCACGGUGACUUGUACCCUGGAGCAGUGGCCUCCUGUCAGGUGGACGGAGACAAUCACAGGAUUGCAGGGUUAGCGAACCAGGAGCUGAGCUACAUUGGAGACCAGCUGAUCCUGAACUACACCCUCGGAGAGAUCUGCCACGAUAUUUACCGACGAUCCACUGAGAUUCACUUCUCCUGCCACCCCGACAGGAAUCCUGGAGCUCCAGAGUUUAUCAACGAGACCUCAGACUGCACCUACAUCUUCAGCUGGCCCACGGCUCUGGCCUGUAUCCCCGUCAAACCCAGCGGCUGCUCCUACAAUGACGGUCAGGGUCAUUCCUACGACCUUUCAUCUCUGACCCUGGACUCCGGGAACUGGGAGGUGGAGACUCCAACGGGCAGCACGGACAAACAGUUCUACCUGAGCGUGUGCCGGCCCCUGGUGCAGCAGGCAGGCUCCUGGAAGUGUCCGUCCAGUGCAGCGUCCUGUCUGAAGGUGGGCGAAGAUUACCUGAGUCUGGGUCAGGUGUCGUCCGGCCCUUCUUGGGAUGGAAACGUCCUGAAGCUGGAGUACCACAGCGGUCAGGCCUGUCCUGACGGACGCCGCAACCGCAGCAGCAUCAUCCGCUUCAAGUGUGACAAAGACAAAGUGGAUUCUCGGCCCGCUCUGAUCUCCGCCCUGGAGGACUGUGUCUACACCUUCUUGUGGUUGACAGCAGCCGCCUGUCCUCUAAACAGCACGCAGCACGAUGACUGCAGGGUCACUAACCCAGCGACAGGUCAUCUGUUUGACCUGAACCCGUUGGCCAGGGACGGCGGCUACACAGUCUACGAUCACCUGGAGAACACAAAGAUGUUCCGCAUGAACAUCUGUGGGGGUGUGCCCAAUGUGGGUUGCGGACCCGAUGCUGCUGUGUGUAUCAAACACGGCAGUGUGGCACUGAGCGCUGGUAAGGUGAGCAAGAAGCUGUCGUACAAAGACCACGUGGUGGAGCUGACCUACGAGGGCGGAGCUUCCUGUGCAGCCAAUCCCAGCCUCACACACAGCUCCAUCAUCCACUUCAUCUGCAGACCCCCUAACACGGGCUCAGGCCCCCAGGAGCCCGUCCUCAUUGACUCUGACGCUGAAACCUGCACACACUUCUUCUCCGUCCACACACCGCUGCUCUGUGAGCAGCCUGUGAAGUGUUCCGUGCAGAACGGUUCUUCUCUCAUUGACCUCACUCCUCUGAUCCACAUGAGCGGUUACUACAGAGCCACAGAGGAGGCCGGGGAACACAGCGAUGGAACCUCGACCUUCUACAUCAACGUGUGUCUCCCUCUGAACUCCAUCCUUGGAGUCAGCUGUCCCGCUGGAGCUGCUGUCUGUAUGGACCCCAGUGAUGGACCACCAGUGGACAUCGGACGGACGACUACCGGUCCCGUCAUCAACACCGCCACCCGUGAAGUUUCCAUCACGUACCACAGCUCCACCCAAUGCAAAGAAGACCCAUCACAGAACUACACCUCCACCAUCAUCUUCAGCUGCAAGAGAGGCGUGGAGCUGGGCUCUCCUCAAGUGCUCCAACUGGAGUGUACGUACCUGUUUGAGUGGGCCACAUCCGUGGUCUGUCCAGAUGCCACAGAGACCCACGGCUGUCAGCUCACCGACUCCCAGCUCCAGUUCACCUUCGACAUCUCCUCUCUGUCUGGAGAAGUCCAGGUUCCUCUACCCGAUGGCCUGUACCACAUCAACGUGUGUGGCUCGGUGUCAGAGCCGGCCUGUAGGAACAGCACCAUCUGCCGUGUGUACGGUUCAGGAUCAGACAAGACCGCCAUCUCCUACGGCAUCAGCAGAGCCAUGACCAUGGACUUCAAACAUGACGUGCAGGCGGUUCUGAUGCAGUACGGUGGAGGAGACCCCUGCCCACCAGUGACGACCGAGGGAGAGGUGUGUGUGUUCCCCUUCAUCGCCAUGAAGAAGUCCUACACUGACUGCACCACCGACCAAAGAACUGACGGGAGGAAGUGGUGCUCCACCUCCGCCAACUACGACACUGACAGGAAGUGGGGCUUCUGCACCGAAGCCUCAGGUAAUCGUCAGUCCUCCAUCAUUUUCACCUGCGACCCGUCUGCAGGCCUUGGCUUUCCUCAGUUCUUCUCAGAGACGGCAGGUUGUUCAGCUACCUUCCAGUGGAACACCACCGCCGUUUGUCCCCCGAAGAAGAUGGACUGCAGUUUGGUCAGCCAGCAUCAGACCUUUGACCUUCGAUCUCUGUCCUCCCUCACAAAACCCUGGAAGUUCAGCCACAAAGGAGACUCUUAUUUCAUCAACCUGUGUCAGGGGAUCCACGGUAAACCACUAGGCUGUCCAGAGGACGCCUCCGUGUGUCGACACCUGUCUUCAGGGGUGACUCAAACCCUGGGUCGGGUCUACACUCAGCAGAUGAUCUAUUCUGAUGGAAAAAUCGCCGUCAGUUACUCAGAAGGAGACGCCGUCUGUGGGAACGGCGUGAAGGCCAAGACGCUGAUCCAGCUCAGCUGCAGCUCCACGGUGGGACAUCCAGCGCUCCUCAGAGCUGACUCGGCCUCCUGUGAGUUUGUGAUUCGCUGGGAGACCCGAUUUGCGUGUGCGUUGAAGCAACGUGAGGUGCAGAUGGUCAACGGAAUAAUACAGGUCCCAGACACCGGUGUGGUGCUCAACCUUGGAGCUCUGUACUUUAGCCACCAUCAGGCGUCUGGAGACGUCCGGUCCAACGGCGACCGCUACAUCUACCACAUCCAGCUCUCAGGCAUCACCAACAACUCGCUGGACAACUGUCUGGGCGCCAACAUCUGCCAGGUGAAACUCGACAGCAACUACACACGGCGUAUUGGUUCGUCCAGUGAAGCCAAAUACUACAUCAAAGGAGGAGACAUGGAGGUCACGAUUCCCUCUCAGUCCGACUGCGGUCGUGAAGAUAACAAAACGGUGUCGUCGAUCAUCACGUUCUACUGUAACCCGUCAGCAGGCGUCGGGAUUCCUGAGUUCCAGAUGGAGACGGUCCGGUGCCACUACCUGUUCCUGUGGCACACGGACGCAGUGUGUAAUCUGAUAACCAUCGAUGCAACGCCGUUUUACGACGAUGACCCCGUUGUGUCGAGGCGGACUCAGACGUUGGGUCUGGUUCUGAGCCUGCUGUUGGCAGGACUGGCUGUCUGCCUGCUGGGACUGCUGCUCACUAAGAGAGAGAGAAGGGAACUGGUGAUCCAGAAGGUCGCCGGCUGCUGCAGGAGAGGAAACCAGGUCUCCUAUAAAUACUCCAAGGUCAACAUGGACGAAGAAGGGGAGGAGGAGAUGGAGUGGCUGAUGGAGGAGCUGGAAGCCCCUCCCACAUCCUCCUCCUCUUCCUCCCACAGGGGCAGGAGUAAACAUGGGAACGGCCACAUCAGGACCAAGCCGGUGAACACGGACGGCCUGCGCUCGUUCUCAUUGGACGAGCAGGAGGACGACAGUGAGGACGAGGUGCUGAGUGUCCCCGGUGUCCAGGUGGUGAAACCACAGUCAGGACUGUCGAGGCAGUCGGCUCAGAGAAGUGUCUUUCUACAGGAGGAGAGCGACGAGGACCUGGUCGGACUGCUGGACGAUUCCGACCGCAAGAAGAAAAACGGCAAACCUCGCUCUUCGGGCCUAAAGCACGGUAACAACACGACAGACGGUGGGAAACGGGACGAGGAUGACAGUGAUGAGGACCUCCUCAGGGUGUGACCCUCAUCUUGGUCCUCCCUCUGUCUGAACUCUUCUCUCUCUCAGUGAAUGUCAACAUUAUAUCAAAGAGCAUCAGUCAAAUUCCAACAAUGUUAAAAAUGGGAAUUCUUUUCCUUUCUCUAUGGGAUUCACAUUUCUGGACCUUUUUUUUUUUCCGUCCAACCUUCGGCCUCUCUGUCCAUCCCAUAAUGUCAACGUCAGCACACGGUGUCUUAUUUAUUGAAAGCUGAUUGGUUAAAAGGUUCUUCGGGGGCGGUUCUGAUCUCGUCCUCUCGUCUCUUCUGUUCGUGAUUCUGUUUCAAAAGCACGGCCACGCCCACGGGUCGGGGAGUGGGAGGUCACGGGGGGGGGCGGAUGUGAAUAAGAAUGAACUUGUCUGGUACUGAUCUUUCGUCUUAGUGUUUUAAAAUAAAGCUGUGCCACUGCUUUAGCACUUUAUCGUAGCAUUGAUGAACUGACGUUGAUUUGUCUCAUUCACAUCCACAUCUGAUUUGACCUUUGACCCGAGGUUUUAAGAUCAAAGCCUCGCCGGAGACUGGAACUUUCAGGUUCUCAGAGUAAUUCUUCAGACGUGUUAGACCUGAGACGGUGACCAGAGACUUGGAAGACUUGUCACGUCAGCCGGGGGCGUCUCUGUCUGUGAGCAACACAGGUCAACACGUGGCUCCUUCACCCACUAGUGCACAACGACCUUUUAGAAGGAAGGUCAAGCUAGUAUUAUUGGAACUAAAUUUGAAUGAAUACACAAACAUGUAUUUCUACGCUGAUAUACAUAUAUAAAUAUGUAUGUAUUUAUGUAUGUAUGCAGGCACAGAGGCAUCGUUGAUCAGUGAUUGUUACUUCCCUCUG